AUGGGAAAGAGAUCCUGGGUCCGAGCUAUGAAAUGCCAACUGCUGGCGACCAGCCUCUUUAUUAUGCUGCUUGGGGUAUCAGUUGGCAUACUGGCCAGUAUCACGCUCAGUGGGAAACACUUCACUGUCAUAAAUUCUGCCUCUUCGGGGACAAACUCCUAUUACAGAAAUUUCCACACUAUUGUUUCCUACGUCGGGAUGUGUCUGAGCAUCAUUCUGGCUAUGGCUGCUCUGAUGAGCAUUGCUGCCACAAUCAAAGAACUGGAAGGUGCUAUGGCAGCUUGUUUUUUCUGUUUUGCUGCGGUUUUCUGUGCUUCAGGAGUGGCCACAUAUUGGACUGUUACCAACAGUAUUGUGGUGGAAAAUGCCAUGAUCGAUGUAUAUGAUGUUGUUUAUGAAGAUGUGAGAAACAACAUUUCCAGCACCAGAAGACAGGAUCUAUAUUCCAUUCACAAGAUGUUUCUUUGUUGUGGGAAGAAGUCACCCUUUGGAGAAAGAAGUAGCAUAGAAGAUGAAAUGUGUACAUCAGGAAUUCUGGAAACAGAAGAAGAGGAUUGUCUCCAAGAAAUCAAAUACUUCCUGAAAAAACAUAUGGACAUUGUCUCUGUACUGAUGACCAUCACAAUUUUCUUCAUGAUUUAUGGGAUGAUAUUAACUUCGUUCCUUUGGUACUCUAUCCAUUGUAAGAACAAUUUGGAUCGGAAGGGCAAAUAUGUCCUGGCAAAGCUAUCCGAAACUGGCUUCUGACCUGCACAGAAAGACCAGGACUUUCCAUGGAUGUGAGUGGACAAUGUGUGAUGCUUACUCUCCUUGUCACCUGUUUUCUCCCCACAAAUGACCUGUUCCAAAUAUAGUUGAGCAAACAGGCAAGUAAGAAGCCUGCACUAUUUGUUGAUAGGCUACUUUGCUCAGCCAGGACCUCAGGAGCGCACAGUAUUGACUGUAAACACAAAGGCAUGACACAAACCCAGCAGCAAGAAUUGUUCAACCACAAACAUGCUCAGCAACUGAAAGCCAUCAUUUGGGGGGCCCAAAAUAGCAAGUAAAAACAGAACAUCUCUAAACUCAUUAACUAGCAAGCAUCUUUUAAAAUUGUGCUAAAAGAAUGAGAGAAAAUGUUCUGCUUUUAUUAUUAUUUUUGUCCAUCAAUUUUCAGCAUAGCCAAUUCUAUUGCAGUUUUUUAAACCCUACUGACAUUUUUGUAUACUGUCUUGAUUUAAAUAAACUAAAGUU